ACCGGAAAUUCUACCGGACGGGACGGUCACCCCAUAAAAACCCUUCAACCCCUCUCUACUCUCGAUGGCCUCUGAGCUCAAGACGACGGAUGUAAUGGCUUCCUCCGCCGGAAAAUCGCCGUCGAUUGUCCAGAAGACGAAGAAGAAGAUAAGUCAGAAUAGAAAGCGAAACGAACACGAGGCGGAGCUCGAACGUAUGGACUCGCUCCCGUGGAAUGCUUCUCUGCCUAUCGUAGAAGACGAUGACGAGGAAGCCUUCUCUUCUCUCUUCGUAGGCUCAGGCGAACUCGACGGAGGUUUCCUUUCGCUUGAAGAGAUUGAUGAGGCUGAUUACGCUCUACCUGUUCCUAAUAAUAAAAGGAAGACAGACAAAGUGUGUGGCGAUGAAGACGAUCACGAAGAGGCUGCAAGCGAGGUAAUUGAAGGCAGCCAAGAAGAAGAAGAAGAAAGGAAAGGGGAGACUAACAAGACAAAAGAGAAGAAAACUAAAAAGAAGAAGAAAAAGAAGCAAAAGAAUGUUAAGGAGGAAGAAAAGAAUCAAGAUUGUUCUGUUGCAGGUAGCAGUGGUGAGAAUAACCAAACAGAGGAACCAAUUGAUGAGGAGGAGAUUCCCCCAGAAUAUAGUGGGUGGAAUUCAAUGAGACUCCAUCCACUACUCAUGAAAUCGAUAUGCCGCCUCGGAUUCAAGGAGCCUACACCAAUUCAGAAGGCGUGUUUUCCUGUUGCAGCAUAUCAGGGAAAGGAUGUUAUUGGUGCUGCAGAGACAGGGUCUGGGAAGACUCUUGCUUUUGGGUUGCCCAUACUCCAGCGCCUUUUGGAUGAAAGGGAAAAAGUUGCUAAUUUAUAUGCAGAGAAGGGGGAGGAUGCAGAGAAAUAUGCUGCAAAAGGCUAUUUACGUGCUCUGAUCAUCACUCCAACUAGAGAACUUGCUCUUCAGGUGACUGAACAUCUUAAGGAUGCUGCUAAGGAUCUAAGCAUCAGGGUGGUUCCCAUUGUUGGUGGGAUGUCAUCUGCAAAGCAGGAAAGACUUUUGAGAGCGAAACCUGAGAUAGUUGUAGGAACUCCAGGAAGGUUAUGGGAACUUAUGUCGACCGGAGAAAAGCAUCUUGUUGAGUUGCAUUCGUUAUCUUUUUUCGUGUUGGAUGAGGCUGAUCGUAUGAUUGAAAAUGGACACUUCCGUGAGCUGCAGUCUAUUAUAGACUUGCUUCCAGUGACAAGUAGAUCGGCUGAGGGGCAGAAUCAGAAUGUUCAGAAUUGUGUUACUGUUUCCACCGUCCAAAGGAAGAAAAGACAAACUUUUGUCUUCUCAGCUACCAUAGCACUGUCUGCAGACUUUCGUAGGAAGUUAAAGCGUGGCUCCCUGAAGUCAAAGCAGUCGACAUCUGAGGGUUUGAAUUCUAUAGAAAUCCUAUCUGAACGAGCUGGAAUGAGAGAUAAUGUUGCCAUUGUUGAUCUGACAACCACAUCUAUUCUGGCACAUAAGAUUGAAGAAUCCUUUCUCGAGUCCAGGGAGGAGGACAAAGAUGCUUAUUUGUAUUACAUAUUGAGUGUCCAUGGACAAGGGCGGACAAUAGUCUUCUGUACAUCAGUGGCAGCUCUGCGCCACAUCUGUGCGAGUUUGCAGAUUCUUGGACUCAAUGUUUGUAAACUAUAUUCAGAUAUGAAACAGCAAGCUCGGUUGAAGGCUAUUGAUCGCUUCCGUGCGAGUGAUAACGGAAUACUUGUAGCAACGGAUGUUGCAGCAAGAGGACUUGAUAUUUCUAAUGUCCGGACUGUUAUUCACUAUCAACUUCCACAUUCAGCAGAAGUUUAUGUGCAUAGAAGUGGAAGGACAGCCAGAGCAUUUGCGGAUGGAUGCAGCAUCGCUCUGAUUGCACCGAACGACACUUCAAAGUUUGUGGCUCUGUGCAAGUCUUUCGCAAAGGAAAGCGUCAAGAGAUUUCCUUUAGAUAACUCUUAUAUGCCAGAGGUUAUGAAACGAUUGUCUCUAGCCCGUCAAAUAGACAAGAUUCAGCGGAAGGAUUCACGGGAGAAGGCAAACAAGACCUGGAUCGAGCGAAAUGCUGAAUCGAUGGAACUAAUAUUGGAAGACGAUGAGAGAGAAGAGGAAAGAGCGAACAAUAUUCGGCAGAAAAAAGCCACCUCGACGCAACUUAAGAAGCUGCAGCAGGAACUCAGUGCUCUGCUGUCACGUCCGAUGCAGCCCAAGACAUUUUCACGCCGUUACUUAGCCGGGGCAGGGGUUUCAUCUGUUAUGCAGCAUCAGUUUGAAAAGUUGGCCAAACAAAAGCAGGCGAAGGCUGAACCGGGAGGGGGAGGAGACAACAAGAGGAGAAAGCUCGUGGUCAUUGGUCAAGACUGCAUCGAACCGCUUCAAGCCCUUCGAAGCGCUGGCAAAGAGGUGAUGGACAUGAAAGAGAUGGCGGAUAAGAGGCGUAACUUAGUUGACUUGACGAGGAAGAGAAAAGAGGAGAAAAAACGAAUGAGAGAGCAGCGAAGGAAACAGAAGAAGAAGAAGAAGCAACAGCAGCAGUAGAUGUCUGUUCAUUUCUUCUUCUGAUUUUUCUGACCAAAUUCUGUUUAUCGAUUUAUGGGUUUUCUGACCAAGUUUGUCUUCGUAUUUGUGAAUUUCGUAGUAUGUUGUGGGGGAAAAAAAAGGUUUAAACUUUCUCUUCCUCCUUUUGA